GCGAGGUACGAUAGCGCGGGAGUGCUUCAGUGAAAAUGGUGAACUGUGCCGUGUUUGGUUGCAACAACCACACCAAAAAGAAGCCCGGAGAUGAGAACGCAUCCGAUGUCGGCUUUUUCUGCAUCCCUAAAGUCAUCGUAAAUCAGUGCAAGCAUACGAAAGAUGUCACGGAGCGACGAAGAGCAGAGUGGCUCCGGCGUAUCAAUCGGAAAGACCUGGACAACUCUGCAACCCACUACCGCGUGUGCGGUAAACACUUCAUUUCCGGACGCCCUUCGUACGCAAUGGCCGAAACUGAUCCGGACUGGGCGCCGUCUCUGCAUCUUGGACACGGAAAGCCAAGGAGCAGCGACAGUUCACUAUCCCGACACACCAGGCAUCUAAAAAGGCUGCAAAAAAAGCACAAGCCACUCCAGCCACUGCAACCCUGCUUAGAUGAUGACAGCGCGCUUCCCAUGCCACUGCAAUGCGAAAACGAUAAUCCAGAAGUUGAAGAGCCUGAGAUAACCAUCUAG